AAGAAACAUCAGAUUCAGAAAAAGCGUAGAAGGCAACGUUUUUUCUUGCAAUACAACUCACAACAUUUUCGUGCAUUACAUUCAUAUAGCACUUAAAAGAGUUUGUUGUAAAAAUGGAAGUAUGCCCAAUAUUCGCUCCGAAAUAUAUGGCAUGUUGCUGAUUUUAUUUUGUAACUAGCAAGCUAGUAGUAAUAACUUAUAAAUGUAAAACAUGCAUGGAACAUCUCUACUUAACUACUUUAGAGAUAUGAAUGAACGCAACUAGCACAAGUUACAUGCAUCUUCAUCUUUCUUAUUUAAUUUCCUUUUGCCAUUUGUGUAGAUUCCAACACAGCAGCUUACGAACGCAACCUUAGCUUGUUUCAAUGCGUAUAUAUCAUCAUGUAAUAAACCACUUAAGGCAAGGGCAACUUCGUCAUACAAAAAAUAUUAUCAUGCGUUAUAAGCACCAUUCUUACAUUUCUUCUUCAGUUUUUCCUCUCUCCACAGAACUGAAAUCUCUAAUUGUAGUUGAGAAUAAUUUGAAGCUCAUAAAACAAAACUAUGGAUAAAAAAGAGAGUGAUCAAUCUGCAACAAGAGGGACAAGCACUCCAUCACACACUGAGGUAGUAGCUGGUCCUUCUGUUCCUUCACCUCUCUUAAGAGAUCAUCAACAUUCUCACCAUUACAUCCACUACCACCACCUACAACAAGAAGAAGAAUUUCACCAAAAACUUCACAACUUUUGGGACAAUCAGUACCGUGAAAUCGAACAAGCGGCCGACUUCAGGAUCCACAGCUUACCCUUGGCUAGAAUCAAGAAGAUCAUGAAGGCUGAUGAAAAUGUGAAGAUGAUAUCAGCAGAGGCUCCUAUUAUAUUUUCCAAGGCUUGUGAAAUGUUCAUCAUGGAAUUGACAAUGAGGGCUUGGAAUAAUGCUGAAGAGAACAAAAGGAGAACACUUCAGAAGAAUGACAUUGCUGCUGCAGUCACAAAAACUGAUGUGUUUGAUUUUCUUGUUGAUGUUGUCCCUAGAGAUGAAACCGUGGACCUUGGUUUAUAUGCUGGUAUAAGAAGAGGUGGAGGCAAUAAUAAUAUUGUUCCUUGCUACUAUUAUGUGCCACCUCAGCAUGUUAUGGGUCCACCACCAUAUGGUCCUCCAAGAGUGCCUAUGGUGGGAAGACAUGUUCCUAAUCAAGAUAAUAUUAAUGAGCAGCAAACUUGUGAAAAUACUACUCAUGCUAUGUGUCCAAAUGAGCAAAAUCAUUCUUCAGAUUCAGAUGAAUGAGGAGCAAGUAA